AUGCCUCAAUCUGGAAAGCCAAGGACAAGAGCAAAGGAAGCUUGGCGUGUUGCGAUUGAGAAAAGAGAAUUCGACACCCCAGAGGAUUACGAUAAAGCUCUCCAGUCUCUUCAGCUAGCUGAACGGAGGACCGCAUUUGAUGCUGAAGCUGAAGAGUCGGCUUCAGAAAUGGAGAAAAAGGCAGCAAGAAUCGUCCAAAGAAUCAGAGACUAUGAUUGGGACAAGACUUAUGGAAGACCAGUCGACGCGAAAGGUCUUGCUACUGGUAAGAGGACUCAAGGAGAACACUUCUUGGGAAACGUGGAUCUCAUCAAUGGUACAAAGUUGAUGGGGAUCGCGAAACGAAUGCCCAAAGGCGCCCAUCUUCACAUCCAUUUCAAUUCAUGCUUACCAGCACGGUUUUUGAUACAACAGGCCAGGACUAUUGAUGCAAUGUACAUACGGAGCACUCUUCCUCUAACAUCGCCGGGGAAUUACGCUGCGUCACGCAUCUCUUUCAUGGUGAUGACACCUCAUGAGGCGACCCACGUGAAGAGUGAAGAGAAAGAAAUUUAUGUUCCCCUGGGGAAUGUUAUGAGUGGCGACUACGUCUCCAAUAGAUGGAUGCCGUACAAGAAUUUCCGAAAGGAAUUCAAUUUUGUGGAUGAAAAUGGUCGAAAGUUGAGCGGUACAACUGGUGCCGAAAUAUGGCUCGAGAGGAAAAUGCUUAUUUCGGAAGAGGAAGCCCAUGAUUGUUCUCAAACGGGCCACGGUAUUUGGGAAAAAUUCAAUUACAGGACUCAGAUGAUGAAAGGGCUCUUUGCUUACGAGUCGGCAUUCAGAAACUACACCCGAGAGUGCAUUCAGGAUUUCGUCAGGGACAACAUUCAGUAUGCUGAGAUAAGACCCAAUUUCAUGGCCACAAAUUCACUAAAAUCUGAUGAUGGCACGAGAACUAUUGGUAACGAAGGUAUUUUGAAUAUCAUCAAUGAAGAACUGCAUAGGACUAUGCAGGAGAUUCGAAAUAACAAGCAGUAUUUCGGAGGUAUGAAAGUCAUUUACUGCACACCUCGCUCAUUCGACAGGGGUCAGAUCGAGGUAGCACUUGAUGAAUGCAUUGAUUUGAAGAAGAAGUAUCAAAAACUACUAUGUGGUUUCGAUCUUGUGGGCCAUGAAGAAAUGGGAAAUGAGCUUCGGCAUUUCGUGCCCGAAUUUCUUGCAUUCCGUCGAAAAUGCCGAGACCAAAAACUAGACAUCCCAUUUUUAUUUCAUUGCGGGGAGACAUUAUCGGUUGGCGACAAAGUCGACGGCAAUCUUUUCGAUGCGAUAUUACUUAAUGCAAAAAGAAUCGGGCACGGUUAUGCAGUUGCGAGACACCCUAUUCUCAUGCAGAUAUUCAAAGAGAAGAAUAUCGCCAUCGAGUCCUGUCCUAUUUCUAAUGAGGUCCUUGGUCUCACUCCCAACAUUGCAGGACAUAACCUUCCAAUAUUGCUAGCAAACGAUGUGCCUUGUACGAUUAAUAGUGAUAAUGCUACAUUUUAUAGGCAUGUUCCUCAACGUUUACCAUUUGGAAUCUCACUAAUCAAUAGCAGAUCAUCCUUAUCCCACGACUUCUAUCAAGUAAUGACUGGCUCUGAAUCAAUGUCCCUUUACGGCUGGAAACAACUUGCAAAAUGGAGUUUAGAGCAUAGCUGCAUGGAUGCUGAAGAAAGAAAAGACGUCACGAAGGAGUGGACUACGAGAUGGGAGGGUUACUGUCAAUGGAUUGUUGAUGAAUAUAGUUGGGCUGGGAGAGACGGAAAUAAGAAAAUGGGGUGGAACGAGACGAUACCUGGCGUUGAGGUGCAUGAGAUUUGGACACAAGAAUUUACAAUGAGAGACGAUUGA